UUGCUUCAAUCAUUAAGAUAUAUGGUAUCUAAUCCAUACACCCAAUUUACUAACCCCAUUAACAAAAAGAAUGAUCAUUUCAUCACGAAACCUUUCCUUGAAGCUUAAGAUUAUACCCUAACAAAUACCUCAAACUUAUAACACAAUGCAAACAUCAUUUGCACAAAUUAAAAAAUGGGUAAGUCAUCCUAUACCCAAUCCCAUUCCCAAUUACUAAGUUCAUCAUCAAAUUCAACAAGAUUGGGAUCAAUUAGAACCAUCUUUCAACUCUUAACAAUACUCCUUACAACUCUUAUUAUUUCCAUCCUUUACAUCUCCCAAGAUAAUAAAGAACCAUCCCCAUCAUUGGAAGACCAUGCUAGAGAAAGGGAUACUUUAGAACAAAUACAGACAUUCCCAAAAUGUGAUUAUUUAUUAGGAAAAUGGGUUUAUGAUAAUGAAACAUUAUACCCUUUGUAUAAGGAGAAUGAGUGUAGUUUUAUGUCCGAUCAAUUGGCUUGUGAGAAAUUUGGACGUAAAGAUUUGAGUUAUCAGAAAUGGAGAUGGCAGCCUCAGAAUUGUGAUCUUUUAAGGUUUAAUGCAACAGCUUUGUUAGAAAAGAUAAGGAAUAAGAGAGUUGUGUAUGUUGGUGAUUCAUUGAAUAGAGGGCAAUGGAUAUCUAUGAUUUGUUUGGUUGAUUCUUCUAUUCCUUCAAAGCUUAAGUCUAUGCAUACUUUUGACUCUUUAUCUGUCUUCACUGCCUUGGAAUACAAUGCAACAAUAGAGUUCUAUUGGGCUCCACUAUUGGUAGAGUCAAAUUCAGACGAUCCAGUAAUGCAUAGAGUAACGGAAAGAACCGUUAGAACCCAAGCCAUUGAGAAGCAUGCUAAACAUUGGACUCACGCUGAUUUCCUUAUUUUUGACUCUUAUUUAUGGUGGAGAAGACCCUUCCUUAAAGUUUUGUGGGGAAACUUUGAAAGGCCGGAUGGAAUUUACAAAGAGGUAGAAAUGCUAAGAAGUUAUGAAUUGGCGUUGAGAACAUGGUCUGAUUGGUUAGAGAUCCAUGUCAAUCAUUCUAGAACUCAAAUCUUUUGGAUGAGUAUGUCACCUACCCAUGAAAGGAGUGAGGAAUGGGGUGGAGAAAAUGGGGAGAACUGUUACAACGAAACAGAGCCCAUAAAGAAAAAAGACUACUGGGGAAGUGGAUCAGACCCAAAUAUGAUGAGAUUAGUGGAGACAGAAAUAGAAACUCUAAAGAAAAAGGGGAUUAAUAUACAAUUAAUAAACAUAACCCAAUUGUCCGAAUAUAGAAAGGAUGCUCACCCAUCAAUUCAUCGAAGGCAGUGGGAACCUCUCACACAACAUCAAUUAUCAAACCCCAGUGGAUAUGCUGAUUGUAUUCAUUGGUGUCUUCCUGGUGUCCCCGACACGUGGAAUGAAAUUCUUUUUACUCUUAUUUUUACUAAUUCACUAUGACAUCUUUUUCCGAAAUUGUUAAUAAUAAAUCAAUUUUUGCUUGAUCCGUUGAAAAUAAAUAUAUUUAUUAUUUAUGUUUAAAUAAUCUCAUUUAUUGAGUAUAUUUGCUAAAAAAUAAAUUCACCUAUUUUUUAUAACCAUCUUCAAAGUUCUAUUUAAGUCAAGCAAUUAGGAAUAAAUAAUAGUUGAGUUUAUUUUCAGUAAUUAUAGCGAAUAAGUGGAUUUAUUUAAAAAUAAAUAAUAGUUGAUUUUAUUUUUUAGCGGAUCAAGCAACGGACUGGUUUAUUUUUGACAUUUUUUUAUGUUUUUGUCCUUCAACUUAAGAUUGAAAUAUAUAUAUAUAGGAGGAGCUUUCUUAUGCACAAAGUGUAUGCAAUCUAUAAGCCCCUCCCUAAUCUUGUUGAAUUAUAUUGUUUUUAUUACAUGGAUAAUUGUAUAUCAAGGGACUAAACAUGUGAGUAAAAAGUUAGACAAAUGUAAAAUUUCAUUCUUACACAA